CUGCAAAAUCUUGCGGGAUCCAAAUCCAAGGAAAGUAAAAAUGAGUUUGCAUAAAAGCUGAUCCUCGUCAUAAUUUUCCUUCGAUCGAUUUCAUUCAACUGAAAAUUUGCUGUCCUUCAUUUAUUUAUCUGUCUCAUCACUCUUUGGGGGUUAAUUUUCCGGGCAGGAGAGCGAGGUGCAGAAUGUCUCACGGUCACUGUGGGAGUGGGGGUUGCAAUGGGGACCACAACCAUGAGCACGACUCACCCGAGAUGGGGGUGGAGUACUCCCUCUACACAAAGAUUGACAAAGAAAACCUCACCUGUCUCAAUGAAGCCGUGGAUGGAUCCUGCAAAACUAUCUUCAAACCUUGGGAUCAGCGACUUAACUUUGAAACGAUGGUCGACAGUGAUGUAGAUGAGGAGCUCUUAAUCAAUAUUCCAUUCACAGGCAAUGUAAAAUUGAAGGGGAUUAUAAUUUGCGCUCCAGACGACGAAAGUCAUCCUAACUGUGUCCGUUUGUUUAAAAACAGACCACACAUGACAUUUGAUGAUACAACGACAGAACCGGUGCAGGAAUUUCAUCUGAAUCGUGACCCAACUGGAUUGUUAGAGUAUCCUCUCAAGGCUGUAAGUUUUUCAUCCGUCAAUCACUUAUCGAUUCAUGUUCCGUCUAAUUUUGGGAACGACACGACAAAGUUGUGCUACAUUGGACUACGCGGAGAGUGGACGGCAGCUCAACGCUCAGAAAUUCUCAUUACAAAUUAUGAACUUCGACCAAAUGUUGCGGAUCAUCCAAAUCGAGUUUGGGAGCAGGCUUCGCACGAAAUUCAGUAACCGAUUGUGAUCACUUCGAUUCAUAUAAAUAUCGUUAUACAUAUGUACAUGUACGUACAUGUCUUUUACUUUAUGUUUGUCGUCAAAAGAUGAGCGUUUACUUAUGCCUAUUAUAAUAUAAAAUUUUAAAAUUAAAACAUUUAUAAUAUUGCAGUAUUUGUAAGCCACUAAAUAUCGUCGAUUAUAUAACAAAUUUAAUUUUAAUUAAUUGUGUAUAUAAUUUUAUGAAAAAUUGCAUGCUGUAAUAUGUAUAUGUAACGUAAUUUAUCAUGUGAAUCAAAAAAUAAACUUACUACUUUACUUUAGCGUUCACAAUCAUUAA